AUGCCUAUAAUCAGCAUGAUUGUGUUUGUUUUUAGUAGUUUUAGUUAUGAUUUUAGCUACGUAAUUGAAUCUGAAUGUGAAAUCUGGUGCACACCACAGAGUGAGCUAAGAGAGGUAGACUGUACCUUGAAGAUAAUGGAAAAGAAGAAGAGACCCGCAAGUGCCAGUACAAAUAGCAGUAGAACAUCUGCGAUGACAGGAGGCGGCAGAGCAUCCACUUCUUUAUCUCUGCGUUCACAGCACAGUAGCCUUGAAGAUAUCCUAGUGAAAGAAUAUAUGGACAAAAUCAGCAGGCCAUCUUCCUCAGCUUCUGUGUUGUCAAGAAAAUACAUUUCCCCUUAUGCAAAGACCACAUUGAUCAGUACAAAGGGAAAGAAACGCUCCAGACAGCCUCCUCUUGGCCUUCAUACUUGCCCGCAAUCUUCAGUGGUAGUGGGAAGAUCACGACCUCACGAUUGCUCCAGGCAUCAAACAAAAUCAGUUCAGAGUAGUGACGGAAGUUCAGACAGUGACAGCAGUAAAUCAAGUGGUACAAACAAUUCCAGCUUCAUACCACAUUCCAAGAGAAACAGACCUGUCAGUGCUCCAGCAGGUCAGCAAAGAUAUCAGCAGCUGUUUGCAACCUCAAAAUCUGUACUGUCUCAAAAAAGAUUUGAUUCACCCUCAGCUCUUCAGCAACAGCCCUGGACUAUCCGAGUAAGGGCUUAUAAGAAUGGGUCAAGCGAUGUGUCUGCUAAGGUGGUUGCCCCAAAUCUUGACAUGCUGCUGGAAGAAUGCACAGAAAAACUGAAGCUAAACACAGCAGCGCGGCGAGUGUUUCUAGUAAAUGGCACUGAAGCAUUAGAACCUAAAGACAUACCUCACGAUGCUGACGUUUAUAUUUCAACCGGAGAGCCUUUUAUAGAUCCAUUCAAAAAAAUGAAAGCCCAGCUGUCACUGGCUAAGGAAGUAAACUGGACAGUAAAUGGCAUAGUGUUUCCUACAUGUGGAAAACAUGGAAAAGCUAAGCCCAGCCAUACAGAACAUACAAGAAUGCUGAGUGAAAACUCUACUAUUCGAAUCCUAGUAUUUAGAAAUGGCACAGGUCAGAUUGGCUAUGAAGUCAUUGCAUCAGUCACUCAAAUGGAACAGGUAAAGUCAAAAUACAUAGUUAACUAA